CGCGUCCUCCGGGUGCCUCCUUUUGUCUUUUAACUCCUCAUCUGUGUCGGUCGGUAAUGAGCUUGCUGGGGGCCUACAAGAAAAAGACCAGUUACGAUGGCUAUGAAUCUUUGCAGUUGGUCGAUAGCGCCGGGGAGAGCUUCAGUGUCGGCAGCGGCGCAGGAGGAGGAGGAGGAGGAGAAGGAGGAGGAGGCGGCAGCGGCGUACCCGGAGGCUCCAUAGCGGCCACACUUGGACCGAAGGCGGGCCCGCUGAGAGAGGAGGACUGCAGCACCAUGGACAGCUCAGAUAUGGACGCCAAUUCCAGCGGCGGACUGCUGGACAUGGUGAAGGGAGGAGCGGGGAAGUUCUUCAGCAACUUCAAGGACAACCUGAAGGACACGCUGAAGGACACCUCCACCAAGGUCAUGCAUCAGGUUGCCACGUACACUAAAGGGGAGCUGGACAUUGCCUACAUCACGUCACGCAUCAUAGUAAUGACAUAUCCAGCGGAGUCGGUGCAGAUCGGGUAUCAGAACCACGUGGAGGACAUCCGCUCCUUCCUCGACAGCCGCCACGCCGACCACUACACUGUGUUCAACCUAUCACAGCGCAACUACCGCGGCGCCAAGUUCUCCAACAGGGUCUCAGAGUGUAAUUGGCCGUCUCGCCAGGCUCCCAGCCUCCACAACCUGUUUGCUGUGUGUAAGAACAUGCACAACUGGCUCAAGCAGAAUCCCAAGAAUGUGUGUGUCAUCACCUGCUCGGAUGGUCGGGCUCUGUCGGGCGUCCUGGUCUGUGCCAUGUUCUGCUUCUGCCACCUCUUCAACAACCCGGUUCCUGCCAUGCAGCUGCUCAGCGCCAAGAGGCCGGGAUCGGGCCUCUGGCCUUCGCACCGCAGGUACAUAGGUUAUGUGUGCAGCAUGGUGUCGGAGAAGCCCAGUCUGCCCCACUCCAAGCCGCUGGUGAUCAAGGGCCUCACCAUGAGUCCGGUGCCCGUCUUCAACAAGCAGCGCAGCGGCUGUCGGCCCUUCUGUGACGUCCUCAUCGGAGAGACCAAGAUCUUCACCACCUCACAGGAGUAUGAGAGGAUGAGAGAGCACAGGGUCCAAGAAGGGAAGGUGGUGUUCCCUCUGGGCGUAAGUGUGCAAGGAGACGUCGUGGUUUCCAUCUACCACAUGAGGUCGACCAUUGGAGGACGUCUGCAGGCCAAGACGUCCAACACCCAAAUCUCUCAGAUCCAGUUCCACACUGGCUUCAUCGCUCCUGGAACCACCGUGUUACAGUUUAACAAGCCCGACCUGGAUGCAUGUGACUCUCCAGAGAAGUAUCCCCAGCUGUUCCAUGUGAUCCUGGAUGUGGAGGUUGAGGGGGUGGACAAGCAAAAGGACCUGACGCCCCCGUGGGAGCAGUUCCCCUGUAAAGACCUGAACCCCAACGUGCUCUUCUCCUGCCACCAGGAACACCAGGACGCGCUGGCUAUCGCUGAGCCGAGCCGGCCCCCCGGGGGUCCAGAGGGUCGGGGCCAUGGCGAGGAGAGUGAGCCCUCCGACGAUGAGAUGCUGUCUCUCUCCAGCCAGCGCAGCAACGCCAGCGGGCCCCCCCAGAGACCUGACCCCCCGGCCCACAUGUCCGCAGCUCCUGCAAGUGAAGAGGUGGAUCUCCUCGGCCUGGACGGGGACGAGAUGAACCGGCCGGCCUGCCCUUCGUCUCAGCCCCCGUCUGCCGCGGCCACCGACCUUCUAGGGGACUUGUUCGGGGCCCCGCCUCAGCCAAGCAGCGGGGCCUCAUCUGCCCAGUCCACUCCGCACAAAGUCCUCCCCAACACCGCCUCGCCAUGUCACUCUCCUGCACCAGCAUUCGAUCCCUUUGGGGCAGGUCCGAUGCCGAAGCCUCAGGACGUGAUGGGCUCGUUCCUCGGACCAGGUAACGUGGGGCAGCCGGACCCCUUCCUGCAUGCUGCUCGCUCUCCGUCUCCCACCCUGCAGCCCACGGGCCUGGGUCGGAGUUCCCCCGUUCCGCCCGCCAACCCAACCGUCAACAUCCAGCAGCAAAACGCCAAGGGAGGAUGGGACUGGAACCGACCGGCCACCACAACCACAGGAGGAGGCUUCAGUGUGGGCAACUGCUCAGCUACCACCAGCCCCACAGGCUCCCUGAACAACACCCCCACCCACCAGACAAAGCCCAGCACCCUGGACCCGUUCGCUGACAUAGGCAACCUCGGGGGAAGCCUCGGAGGAGGUUCUGGCUUCUCCAGCAAACCCACCACCCCAACUGGAACGGCCCCCUCUUUCCCUCCCAUGGGCUCCCCAUCACGGCCUCCUCCGUCUCCCCAGCACGCGGGAGGGUGGCAGGCUCAAGCAGGAGCCGGCUUCCCCUCUUGGCAGCCGGGUGCAGCAGGGGGCGGAGGGUGGCCCGCUCAAGGACAGGUGCCCCCCCCGCAGCCAAAGCCCAGCCCCAGCCACACCCCCAUGGCUCACACGUCGCCUCAGAACCGACCCAACUACAACGUCAGCUUCUCUCCGAUGGGAGGAGGCUCACCCAGUGCAGCGGUUAAAGCACAGGCGGCCAUGGGUUCCAAGCCCAAGGUCUUAAACGCCAACUUUGACGACCUCCUGUCCGGUCAAGGCUUCGCAGGGGCCAAAGAGAAGAAAGGGCCCAGGACCAUUGCAGAGAUGAGGAAGGAGGAAAUGGCCAAAGAGAUGGACCCGGAGAAAAUAAAGAUUCUGGACUGGAUCGAGGGGAAGGAGCGCAACAUCCGGGCCCUUCUGUCCACCAUGCACACCGUGCUGUGGGAGGGGGAGACGCGCUGGAAGCCCAUAGGCAUGGCCGACCUGGUCACCCCGGAGCAGGUGAAGAAGGUCUACCGCAAGGCAGUGCUGGUUGUCCACCCAGACAAGGCAACGGGACAACCGUACGAACAAUACGCCAAGAUGAUUUUCAUGGAACUAAAUGACGCCUGGUCAGAAUUUGACAGCCAAGGACAAAAACCUCUCUACUGAGUGAACAGAGGAGGGAAACGACCGAGAAGGAGGAGGAUUCAUCUCAUCCUUAAAAAAAAGAAGUCCACAUACGACAGCCACACCCUGCAACAUCUGCCUUUAUACCCGUGCUUUGACCCGUACUUCUGUUCUUACCACACAAACCUGCAGAGGAGACAAGUGGAUCUGCAGAGAUAACAGAGCCACCAGUGCUCGGACCAUCAUCUGGACAAAUGACCCCCCCAAACCCCCCGCUCGCCCUGUAGCUCUUAUGUACCUACCUACUGUUUGUAUGUGGUGCAGCAGUGUCCUUCCUCAGUGUCCAGUGUCCUUAGCCCAGAACCAAACCACCAAUCAGAGCAGAGUCACCGGGACGGCUUGAACAACACGGCAAUGUCCGAUUCUGAGGAGACGGCGAUGAAAACAAAGAUGAAGGACACGCUAGAUAUGAGAAAAACUCAUCAAGGGACUGAACUGAACAUGCAUUUCACAGACCAGGGCAACUGCAACCAACAACAGGCAUUAACCCCCUUUUUUUCCCGUUUGUGUGACAGUUGGAACCAUGAUCAGUUCUGUUGAAUCAAAUCAAGUCUCUCAUGAAACUGAAUGAUCCCACAAAUGAGACAGACAUGAAGCCAAAUGUGUUUUCCAUCCGAAAUAAUGUGUUUGGAGGAAGGAAAUAACAAAUAAUCAUUAAUAUAUGAAGCAUUACGGGCGUGAGAAGGAAUUAAAGCAACAUGAUAAUUAAAAAAUUCAUGACACUAAGUAAAAUAAAACGUGCUUUUUCUUAACAGUAAGACAGAAAGCUGCAGACAUCUCAGUGUGAGCCGCUCGUCACGGCGGUGUCUGAUGUCAUCGAGCCUCGCGUGUUUCUGUAUCUGCAGGGAAGUGGGUGUUGUAUGUUUUAGGAUGAGCACAUGUAGAGUUCCACACGUGAAGCACCUCGAGGCCUCGUGCAUAUACUCGCUUGUACGGUAACGCAUUUCUGCAAAGGGAGCUCGGUGGAAGCACAAACUGACGAAGGGGAAGCCAGUGUUAUUUAUUUAUUAACUCAUUCUGUUCUCGUUGUUGUUGUCGGUCCGAGGAAGAGUUCAGGAUUUUGGGGCCG